AUGAGGACCGUCUAGGUAGGAAUGGAUUUAGGCCAGGCCCCCCUUCCCCCAUAAUGUGCCCGUGUUUAGCAUCCCCCAACCCUUCCCAGCUAGCCCCUCAGGUAGAACAAAGGAAGGGGCUAGCCACGGCGGGAAAAAAGUGGGCGGGUUGGGGGAGGAAGCAGAGGAGGAGCGUGGGGCAGGUCAGUGUUUUAAGGUGAUGCUGUGGUGAUUUUUGCUCAUACUUACUUGUUUUUGUUUCCUGCAGGUCCUUCAUCGGGGCAGCGGCGGCACCAGCAGCAGAAGCAGGAUUCAGCAGCAGCGGAAGAAGAUUCGUUGGCAGCAGUAGAAGAUUCGGGAGCCAUAGAUGGAAGGCGUCGGAGCAGAAGAAGAUGCACCUAGAAGGAAGAUUCUUCGGCCGAAGAGGUUCCGGGAGGACUGGGAGCAGGAAGAUGCAUCGUCGAAUGGGCUCAGGCAGAAGAGGAAGGUGAGGUUUUCGUUACAGGAGGAAUCCGGAAGACGUCCAGCGCGAAGGAGGAUCGGGGAAGUUGUGAGACGAGUCGGUGAAGUAUCGCGAGUUUUCGGCGGUGACGUCAUCGGAGGUAAGCAGGCCGGGUGCGCACCGAAGAGUCCGAUUCAUUCAGGUAAGGAGGGGGGAAGCGAGCGGAGGGAGGUAGUGGGCCUGGAUAUAUCCACUGCCACCAAUGUUUUAGAGGGACCGAGCCAUCGGAAGGUGGUGAGGGGCACGGGGAGGAAUCCUUCUAGGGGGCGGGGCCUGGGAAGGAGUCCCGGAAAUCUUUCUUCGGGUAGGGCCCGGCAAAGUGGAACGGCCAACGAUAGGGGUCCCGCUCCCACCAACGAUAGGGGUCCCGCUCCCACCAACGAUAGGGGUCCCGCUUCCACCAACGAUAAGGGCUCACCUAGCGGUUCUAGGGGGGGUCCCACUGCCUCCAACGCAAAUGGGGGGCGAAGGGGUCCCACUCCCUCCAAUGAUAGUGGUUCCUCCAGCGAAUUAGGGGGAGGCUCCUCGGCCUCAAAUUCAAGAGGGGGAUUUAGGCAGGCAGUUCUUGAGGGGGGGUGGGAGGAUGGGGACAGUAACAGUGGGGAAUCCGAAUCUGAUGGGGGAUGGGCCAUGGAGGAGGAAUCUGAAGACGGGGAGUGGGGAACGGAGUCUGCCCCUCCCCCUACGGGUAGGGGGUUGGGGCAAGGAAGAGCAAGGGGGGGUUGCAGGGUCAGGUUCAGGGGAAAUGGCCGGGUCAGAUAUAUUCAUGAUUCUCAGAGGCAAAGGUACAGUAGAGGUUUCCAAUAUCGGGACCAGGGGGAUUUUGAUGAUUAUGGUGGUGAUGAGGUUGAUGAUGAAUAUUUUGAUGAUGGCAUUUAUGAGGAUUAUGAUGAUUGCAGUUAUUAUGGCGUUCAGAAUCAUAGUCCUUGCCAAUAUGCAAGGAGGCCUAGGUGGGUGGAGCAGCGAGGAAAUAGGUACAGUGAUAAUAACUGUGGUCAAGGUUUCUUUUUCAGGAACAAAGAGGAGGAGGACAGUUGGAGACAGUGGAGAAAAGAGAGAAGGGAACAGCGGCGCGGUCAAGCUGGAAGUCUGAGGGAUCAGGCGUCUACUUCGGCAGUAAGUCUUUCUGUGAGGGAGGAAAGUCGCAUCUCGGCUACAUCGCCAGCAGUUCAUCAGGUUCAGAAGGAAGGUCGCAGAUCAUCUGGGAUGGUUGGUGCUUUGGCAGGAGGUGCGACAACUUGCAACAUUUUGAUAUUAGGCCAUUCAUUUAUUUUCUGGGCAAUGAAGCAUGCAGGGGUUGCAGGACAGCAGAUGGGUUUGCCGGAGGAACACAUGAAGAUCGCUUGGCUUGGUAAGAGAGGGAUGAGAUGGGAGCAGUUGAGAGGUAUGUCCUUGGAAGCAGCAGGAAGGAACCCUAUAGAUUUAUUAAUCAUACAUGCGGGGGGGAAUGACCUUACGUCACAUAGGACCCCAGCUCUUAUUGAGAACAUGAAGGCUGACUUAACAGAUAUUUUGAGCAAAGGGAGAAUCCGAUGUGUGGCAUGGUCAGAUAUGAUUCCUAGAAGCAAUUGGAGAGGCGCCUCUUCCCCAAAAGGUAUUGAGAAGGUCAGAAAGAAGGUUAACAGGGCCAUGCAUAAAUUCAUGUGUUCUUCCGGCGGGGGGGGUGUAAUAAGGCAUGAAAAUAUAAAAUGUAGGCAAACAAGGUUGUACAGACAGGAUGGAGUUCAUUUAUCGGAAGAAGGUUUGCACUUGUUCAUUGGGAACAUUAAGGUGUUUAUUGAGGAAUGGUGGAGGUCACAGGUGGUGUAGUGGGGCCAUUGGAAAGGUUAGGUGUCACCCCUCCCCUUUUUCCAUUGGUUGGCAUCAGUGCGGCUCUAGGUCUACGAAGUGGUUAUAGUGCAGGCCUACCUUUGGUGAGUCACGAGUGUGCAUCAGACUGGGACUGCACGGUCUUCUCUGAUGCAUGCAAGUGACUGGGUUAGCGCCAUUAUGCACAACGAGGGAGCAGGGGGAUGGGCAAAAAGGCGGUCACUGAGUGCGCCCGGCCCCGUGAUCCCUGCUUCAGGUUUUUUGGAAACUUUUUGGGCAGGAGCCCACGUUUGGAGAAUGAGAGCCGCAGCUGGGGUCAGGGUGUACCUAAACUUUGAUUUUAACUGUUAAAUAAAGCUUGUGACCUCCACAGAUUUUUGCCAUAACAUGUCUCUGUGUUUUUUAUUGAAUGUAAAGGUGCAGAUU